CCGCGCUCAGAGCCAUCCGAUGGAGGAGGAGGUGGCCAUGUUGUAGCGGGGUACAGCGAACCCUAGGAGGAACACUACCUGAGACGUUUGGCAUUUAACCGGUACUGAUAACCACACGGUUCGGCGGAACCGACCGUUUUCUUCCCUGUCAGAAGUGCCGAGCUGUAGAAGACACCAUGAGCGGCGGGACGCCCUACCUCGGCAGCAAAAUCAGCCUCAUUUCGAAGGCCGAGAUCCGCUACGAAGGGAUCCUGUACACCAUCGACACCGAGAACUCCACCGUCGCAUUGGCUAAAGUUCGUUCCUUUGGAACAGAGGACCGCCCCACCGACAGACCCAUCCCUCCUCGAGAUGACACCUUUGAGUACAUCAUCUUCAGAGGCAGCGACAUCAAGGACCUGACUGUGUGCGAGCCGCCCAAACCGACAUGCUCUCUUCCUCAGGACCCUGCGAUCGUCCAGUCGUCCAUGGGCUCCAGCUCCUCGUCCUCCGCUGCCGCUGCCCCCACCCCCUUCCAGUCUGCCGGUUCCUAUGGACUCUUCAACCGGGCCCCAGUUCCUGCCUACAACCAGUUCAGCACCAGCCCCCUGGUUUCUCCUCAGUUUGGACCCGUCGGUGUUGGCCGCAGCAGCCCCAGCCUGGACCCUCUGAGGAAGAGCCCCACCCUGGACCAGGUGAUCCAGACGGCUCCUUCGGCCCCGACCGCCGCCACCACGGCUCCGGCCCCCGGCCUGGGGCGCAGGAGCCCCACCCACGGUCGCACGGCCCCCCCCACCGCCGGGCAGAGCAGCCAGAAACUCCAGCACCAGGAUGGCGUGGAUGCAAGGAGGGGUGAGACUGUGAGGGGAGGCCGCAGCAGCCAGGGCUGGUCUGCACCCCGAACCAUCUCCGCCUCUCACAUCACCGCUGUAGAUAGGGCUCCCACCGCAGGGCUUCCCCACUCUAUCUUUAGCCACUCAGGCACAGACGUCCAGAAAGUCCCCAAACCAGAGUCUGAGCAGGCGCGAGGGGAAGGCAGGGAUACCAGUAAACGUUCCACAGCUGCCGGAGCGCCGGUGAACCGCCGUGGGCGAGGGGGCGGGCACCGCGGCAGAGGGCGCUUCAACGUCCGCAGAGACGGACCCAUGAAGUUUGAGAAGGACUUUGACUUCGAGAGCGCCAACGCUCAGUUCAACAAGGAGGAGAUCGACAGAGAGUUCCAGAGCAAGCUGAAGCUGAAAGACGAGAAGACGGAGAAGACGGAGAAGACGGUGAACGGCGAGGAUAAAGGCGACUCCGGCGUGGAAACUCAGAACAGCGAGGGAAACGCCGACGAGGAGUGUGACCCGCUCGGCCCCAACUGCUACUACGACAAGUCCAAGUCCUUCUUCGACAACAUCUCCUGCGACGACACCAGGAAAGCUAAUGAGAAGUCUGGAGGCUUGGGUUUCCCACGGGAGCGCAGGCAGACCUGGGCGGAGGAGAGGAGGAUGAACGCGGAAACAUUCGGUAUCCCUCUGCGUCAGAGCCGAGGUCGCGGUGGUUACCGUGGACGCGGCGGGAUGGGUUUCCGCGGAGGUCGGGGGCGUCCGGCUAGCCGAGGGUCCUUCGGACCACCGCAGGGGGGCGGCGGCUUCAGGGGCGGAUACAGAGGAAACCAGGCCGGCCGGGAGUUCGCCGACUUAUCAGCAUACAGGAAGGACAACAAAGUGGCUGCGUAGUCCCGACGGGAGGAAGAUUCUGCACAAAGGUGGAACUUCUUCACACACAAAAGGAAAACAGAUAGUUUGUCAACUAAAAUAAUGAAGAUUGUCCAAUUGUUGUAUAUUUGUCACCAGCACUGGGGUAGACUGCUUGAAUGCAACUUAACUUUCCAUAUCUUUCAACGGUGGAAACGACAACAACAACAACAACAACAAAGCAGUUUAUCACAGAAACCAUAAAAAAAAACAAAAAAAACAAAUUCCAGAUCUCUACAAAGUAAUUUCCAGGUGGCUGAAGUAAUUCUGUGUAAAUGUCAUAUUUCAGAGGGAUGCGUUUUGUUUCGCCCUUUUCCUAAACCUGUAUUUGAUAAUAUUUUGUUUAGCUGUGGAGGGUCGUCCACGCCACUUCCUGUCACUGACGUAGCUUUAUUUGGGGAGGUGGGGACAGUUUCUCCUGUAACUCUGCAACUUCAGCACCAAAAUAGGCCACAGGGUCAGUCACACCUUUCUAACAUGUAUUUUUCUACUAUGACAUAGACGUUCAUCCGUUAUCUCGUCAGCCCGCUCACCGUCACCCCUCCCCCCUCCCCGCCGCCCGUCUCCAGUCGCAGUGCUCGUGCGUUUCGCUUCUCACCUGAAACCUCUCCGCGUUUCACCUGCAGCUUGGUUUUUCUCCUCCAGCUGAUCCUGAAGUGUUUCCUCGUGUAGGUUUGAAGACGUUUCCUCUCGAGCUGAAAGACGAUUAAUCUGCAGCUGUUUUCACACAAUCCAUCGAUGGUCGAGUCGUUUUUAACAGUAAAGAUUGAAAGAUCUGUUGUUACGGAACAUUUCAAUAGAAACACUUCAGUUUCACAGACCAAACGAUUAAUCGAUUUAUUGAUGAGGAAAAUAGUCGUUAGCUGCAGCUCUACUUUCCUCACUCUGCUCUAACAUUAGUGUAGGAAGCUGGUGCUGCUCUACUGGUUUCAGUGGUAGUUUAUGCUCCCAGUACACAAGCUGACUCAGAGGGGUCAUAGGUCAAACUACUUUUUCCACUCGUUUCUCUGGUUCUUCAUCAGGAGCCGCAGGAGCUCCGAGUUCACAGUUCGUUAGUUUAAUGAGUUUAAUCUGCAGACGAGGGCUGAGAUCUGUUCACUGGGUUUUAUCUGGCAGCAGAGAGGAAGAUUUAACAUGUCCACACUGAAACACUUAGAAACAAUUAGUCAAUCGAUCCACAGACAAUAAUUGGCAGCAACUGAUGAGACCAUUUCCUGUUUCUCUUCGUCUCGUCACCAAACGAGUUCAGCUCUGAGAAGCUGUGAGGGACAUUUUUGACUUUUCAUGGACUAAAUAUAUAAUCAAUUUAUUGAAAAAACAAUUAGCACAUUAAUCGAAAGUAAUUAAUUAAUGCAGCUGCAGCUGUACCUGGCUGGAGGCUGCACUGUUGUAUGUAUUUCCUUUUUUAUGUCUGCAUUUAAUGUGUCAUAACCAAAUGAAAACAUGUUAAACAGACGUUUAUUUAUCUUUUUUUGUCUCUAAAAACUAAAUGAGUCGUUUCAUUUUGACAUAAAAACACAGUUUACAGUCCAGUGGUGUCCAGCAGGGGGCAGCACCUACAGACACAGUCCUGUCAUUAGUGUCCGUGAGCAGGUGAGAGGUGGAGCAGCUGAGUAGCCCCGCCCACACAGGAGUCUUUAAGCUGUAAUGUUGAAAUGAAUAAAGAGAAGAGGUGAACUGCA